AUGACCUCAGACAUUGCAAACCAAGCCCGUAAAUUAUUGAAGGCUUUGCAUGACAUCGAAAUUUUACAUCGCGGCGUCGCGGCCUCUAACUUCCUCGUUGAAGAAUCAAGUCAAAAAGUCCACCUCAUAGACUUGAGCGCUUCCAUUACACUUCCACAUAUCUCAAUCUCGAAGCAGGAACUUCAAGACAGACAGCAGAAAGAGAGACUGGAUCUGGAGGUUGGGUUUUCAUUGCUCUCAGAAAAUCCUAUUAACGAGGGCGUUUGCUUUGCCGAUUUCUCCGCACCUUUGGACUUCACCCAAACCUACUCGCUGGCAGCCCGUGCCGCCCUAGUCGCAGCCGUGGCCACUUUCAAGAUCCACCAAAUGUGCGCGUCCACACGGUUCCACACUACAUGUCUCACGACUUUUUAA